GAAGAAACAUUCGAGCAUCAGUCGGCCUACGACCGCCGGGUGUAGUGGGGUAAAGGUGCGCGUACAAAAAGACGUCGGUCGUGUAAAACGACACGAAAAUAAAACCAUUGAAAUACGAACGAACGCGUUAAAAAAUAAAACGAGAAAAAUCGUAGAGGAGUGACCAUGAUGGACCAAUACAAUGGGGAGCAAUACCCCGAUGGAUACAUGGAGCAAGAGGAGGAAUGGGAACGGGAAGGCCUUCUGGAUCCUGCCUGGGAAAAACAACAGAAAAAGACAUUCACAGCAUGGUGCAACAGUCAUUUGAGGAAGGCCGGCACCGGCAUCGACAACAUCGAAGAGGACUUCCGCAACGGUCUGAAGUUGAUGCUCUUGCUGGAAGUAAUCUCCGGAGAGACCCUGCCGAAGCCAGACAGGGGCAAGAUGCGCUUCCACAAGAUCGCCAACGUGAACAAGGCGCUCGACUACAUCGCCGGCAAGGGCGUGAAGUUGGUCUCCAUCGGGGCGGAAGAAAUCGUCGACGGCAACCUGAAGAUGACGUUGGGCAUGAUCUGGACGAUAAUCUUGCGCUUCGCCAUCCAGGACAUCUCCGUGGAGGAGAUGACCGCCAAGGAGGGUCUGCUGCUGUGGUGCCAGCGCAAGACCGCGCCCUACAAGAACGUCAACGUGCAGAACUUCCAUCUGUCGUUCAAGGACGGUCUGGCGUUCUGCGCCCUCAUCCACCGUCACAGGCCCGAUCUGAUCGACUACAACAAACUGUCCAAGGACAACCCGUACGAGAACUUGAACACUGCCUUCGAUGUCGCCGAGAAGUACCUCGACAUUCCAAGAAUGUUGGAUCCAGACGACUUACAAAAUACCGCAAUGCCGGACGAGAGGGCAGUGAUGACGUACGUUUCCUCGUACUACCAUUGUUUUUCUGGUGCACAGAAGGCUGAAACCGCCGCCAAUAGGAUCUGCAAAGUACUCAAGGUCAACCAAGAAAAUGAACGUCUCAUGGAAGAGUACGAAAGAUUGGCCAGUGACUUGUUGGAAUGGAUCCGCCGCACCAUGCCGUGGCUGUCGUCCCGCCAAUCCGACAACUCGCUGGCGGGCGUGCAGAAAAAGCUGGAAGAGUACCGCACCUACCGCCGCAAGCACAAGCCGCCACGCGUCGAGCAAAAGGCGAAACUCGAGACGAACUUCAACACGUUGCAGACCAAGCUGCGGCUGUCGAACCGGCCCGCCUACAUGCCCACCGAGGGCAAGAUGGUCUCCGACAUCGCCAACGCCUGGAAGGGGCUCGAGGGCGCCGAGAAGGCCUUCGAGGAGUGGCUGCUGUCGGAGAUGAUGCGCCUCGAGCGCUUGGAGCAUCUCGCGCAGAAGUUCAAGCACAAGGCGGACGCGCACGAGGACUGGACCAGGGGCAAGGAGGAGAUGCUGCAGAGCCAGGAUUUCCGCCAGUGCAGGCUCAACGAGCUGAAGGCCCUGAAGAAGAAGCACGAGGCCUUCGAGUCCGAUUUGGCCGCGCAUCAGGACCGCGUCGAGCAGAUCGCCGCCAUCGCGCAGGAGCUCAACACCCUGGACUACCACGACAGCGUGUCGGUGAACGCGCGCUGCCAGCGCAUCUGCGACCAGUGGGACCGGCUCGGCGCGCUCACGCAGCGCCGCCGCCAGGCGUUGGACGACGCCGAGCGCAUCCUCGAGAAGAUCGACAUCUUGCAUCUGGAGUUCGCCAAGCGCGCCGCCCCCUUCAACAACUGGCUGGACGGCACGCGCGAGGACCUAGUCGACAUCUUCAUCGUGCACACCGUCGAGGAGAUCCAGGGCCUCAUCGACGCGCACGCGCACUUCAAGGCCACCCUCGGCGAAGCCGACAAGGAGUACACGAGCAUUGUGGGAUUGGUUCGUGAAGUUGAAUCCAUUGUCAAGCAACACCAGGUACCUGGUGGUCUUGAGAACCCCUACACCACUUUGACUGCCCAUGAUUUGACAAGGAAAUGGGGGGAAGUUAGGCAACUUGUGCCACAAAGAGAUGCCACACUUCAAGCUGAACUUAGAAAACAACAAAACAACGAAAUGCUCAGACGUCAAUUCGCCGAAAAGGCCAACGCGGUCGGACCUUGGAUCGAACGCCAACUCGAUGCCGUCACGGCCAUCGGCAUGGGACUGCACGGCACCCUGGAGGACCAGUUGCACCGUCUCAAGGAGUACGAGCAAGGAGUAUACGCCUACAAACCGCAUAUCGAGGAGCUCGAGAAGAUCCACCAGGCCGUGCAAGAGAGCAUGAUCUUCGAAAACAGAUACACACAAUACACAAUGGAAACGUUGAGAGUCGGAUGGGAGCAACUUUUAACCUCGAUCAACCGCAACAUCAACGAAGUAGAAAAUCAAAUUUUGACCCGCGACUCCAAAGGAAUCACCCAGGAGCAACUCAACGAGUUCAGAGCCUCCUUCAACCACUUCGACAAGAACAGGACCGGACGUUUGGCCCCAGAUGAAUUCAAAUCUUGCCUGGUGUCCUUGGGAUACUCGAUCGGCAAAGAUAGACAGGGCGAAAUCGAUUUCCAGAGGAUCUUGGCAGUGGUUGAUCCAAACAGCACGGGCUACGUGCACUUCGACGCCUUCUUGGACUUUAUGACCAGAGAAAGCACCGACACGGACACUGCCGAACAAGUUAUCGACAGUUUCCGCAUUCUGGCCGCUGACAAGCCCUACAUUCUUCCCGACGAGCUGAGGAGAGAAUUGCCCCCAGACCAGGCUGAAUACUGCAUCCAGCGCAUGCCUCCGUACAAAGGACCCAACGGCGUGCCCGGCGCUCUGGAUUACAUGUCGUUUUCGACAGCGCUCUACGGUGAAUCGGAUCUUUAGAUCCGGACCACCCGCGAGGUCUUUCAACUAGCCAUAAGGCCCGAGAAACCACGUCUCAAAUGCCUUAUUAUAAAUAUACAUUAAUUAAUAUAUAUAUUUAUUUUUUGUUUUCGAUGUGAGAAGAAACUCUUCUAUGAUUUACGUAAGUGACAGAACAUCUUUCAAAAAAAUUAUACGAUUUCGAUACCGAGCACUUUUUCUUUAGAUUUUAUUUAAUUUAUUAUUGGUCUUGCUUGGUAAAUGUUAUUUUUUAAUUUUUUUUCUCAAGGGAAAAACAUUCUAAUUCUUUUCCCUUACAAUUAGUCUAUUAUUUUUAUUAUGUAAUAACGCAAAGCGCAAAGAUAUUUAUUUAUAGGCUUCGUAUGUACAGAAGUAAACACUGCUCAUUGCCACCACGUUUUCUCCAAAAAUAAGCUCAAAGUUUUUAUCCUAACUAAAGUCGCAGCAAUGAACAGUCUUUAUUGUUUUAUUUACCUUUUUUUGGUUGAUUUUAUUAUUUUUAUUAAAAUGUAAAGUUUAUUUGUCCAAAGUAUACUAACUGAAAGUUACAAAAAAAAUAAAGAUUAUUUAAUUUAUAAACGAUUUAUUUCUAUUUUAUUUUCAAAUAGUUUAGGUUGUAGUGCUCUUCAUAAAAAACUUUAUAUUUAAUAAGUUACAGCUAUGUGAAUACACGUAAUUUUAAAAUAUUAACGAGUUUUAUUCAUUUUUCCUUCAUCACCACUUAAAAGAAAUUG